GUCUAGUGGUGGCCGUUGCGUCGCAGAAGCUUUCCGGGGGUUGUAGUGUUUUCCUGUCGUCGAGUGAGUGAUAACGUCACAUCGCCGUUCUCGAUUGGAUUAAAAUAAUCGAUCAACACGCACGUUCUGAUUCGGUGGUGUGUGUGUGUCUGUGAGAUACCGUCGAUUGUUUACAUCGAUUGGUUAAGUCGAUCCGCUGCUAUCUCCUCACCAGCUGUAGCACGGCCUUGCAAGCUGCAGGUGUGAAUAAAGAGAGAGAGAGAGAGAGAGAGAGAGAGAGUGAGAGAGUCAGAGAAAAGGGAAAACAGCAAAGAGGGAUAAGCCAAACUGUCAAUCUGUUGGGGCGGGCUCUCAGUGACAGUUCGGUUUGAUCGACGAAAAAUGAUCGCUUCCGAUCGCUGGUGCCGUCGAGAACCGGUCGGUGACUUGCUGAGACUGGUGCUGCUGGGGACCGUCGUCGGCCAUGCCGCCCUGCUGGCUGCCGAUCAGAUCCUGAUCGAAGAUGACACGAUGUUGUACGAAGGUGAUGCGUGCGAGCUGAAGAAUGGUACCGCUGGCGUAUGCCGGCCGGCGAAUCGGUGUGAUUGGGUGCUGGAGCGUCCGUGGCCAUUGGAUGCGUUAGUUACCUGCUCGUUCAACCAGUCGCUACCGAUCGUGUGCUGUCCGCUGCGGCUAGAGUCACGUCUGAAGAGUGCGCCGAUGGUGAAGCGCACCAGCACGGUACAGUGCGAACAGUUCCCGAACGCUACGGGACUGGCGGAUCACAUCUUCAACGGUGUUGCGGCACAGUUUGGCGAAUUCCCGUACAUGGCUGCGCUUGGGUACGGUGCACCGAACGGGUCGGAUGCUCGCUCACCGUCACUGUUCCGGUGUGCGGCCAGCCUCAUCUCGCCCCGGUUUCUGCUAACCGCUGCCCACUGUCUGCGGGAAAUGCCCGUGUUUGCACGGCUCGGCGUAAUCGAGCUGCAGCCGGCCCGCACCGUCGACGAACCACUGGACAUUGCGAUCCGGAACGCAACACCCCACCCGGACUACCAUCCCGUCACGUACCAGAACGAUAUUGCGCUGCUGGAACUGGCCGAACCACUGACCGGUGACUGGCCGUUCGUCGAUCCGAUAUGUCUGUAUGCGAACGCGACCGGAAGUCUACCGGAGGAGACGGAACUAUCGGUGCAGGGCUGGGGUACCACACAACCGGGUGAUACGGAACCAGCGACACAUCUGAUGAAGGCGAACGUACGCCUCAUCGAGCGGAAGGUGUGUGAGAGCAGUGUACCGCGCACUCGGCGUAAUCCGACCGGGCUUCACCCAGGGCAGCUGUGUGCGCUAGGGCGGAACGAACGGAACGAUACGAUCGCCGAUACCUGCCCGGGAGAUUCGGGUGGACCGCUGGAGCUGAGCGUGGAUGGGCGCCACUAUCUCGUCGGUAUUACGUCGAACGGGUACGCGUGCGGUUCACCCAUCCCGGGCAUCUACACCGAGGUGUCACACUACCUCGAUUGGAUCGAAUCGAUUGUGUGGCCGAGCACGUAAAACGAAAGGUGAAGGGAAAGGUCUUUGGCUCUACUAUCGUGAUCGUGUUACGGGAUAUUUAGCUGUAAUGUCGGACAACCAAUAAAAGUGACAGUUUAAAAACAUUAUUUAAAUAAAAAAAAAACGUUUUCUUUAA